AUGCGAACUAAGUUCCACACUCUUUCCAUCCCCACUAAAGUGAGCAUCUGGUAAUCAGAAUUUUCAGAUGAACAAAAAUGCAAAAAAUAACAUAACACCUAUUCCAGAUCAAAACUGGAUGAUUUCAUAAAUGAGAAGCCUGAUCGUCUCAAAACUAUUUCCGAUCUCAAAAUGUCUUAGGUCAUUAAUCAUAAACGUAAAUUAGCCCAACCUGCAAAUAUUGCUUGGAUGUACACUUACAAAUCAUAAUAAAAAUUACAUAAGCUAUCCUUUAUGAAUGAAUAUCUGAAAUCUAUUAUAGAAGAAAAUAAAUUAAAGCCUAGCCUAGAAUAAUUAUCACAUCCACGAAAUCCAUAUAUCAACCACAAAGAUUUUAUUAAUGACAAAUACGUCUAAAGGAAAAAACUAUUUCGUAAACCUCAGAAAUUCACUUAAACAUUAUAAUGA